AAAGACAAGAGAAAGAGACGAGAUCUAUUUAUAAAAAAUACAACAAGAAAUAGCCACUUGUUUACUUAAUGGUGAACAAGAGAGGAAAACAGGGAAGUUCGUGUCGUUUGUAAAUUUACUUGCUGAUCUACACAGCCCGAUUAAAAAAAGCUGUAUCCGUUAUAAAAUACGUCAUACUGUCAUCUUGAAUGUUUUAAUUAUAGAGUAUAAAUCUCACUGAAAUCCACAGGUUAAUAUUUUCUAAGUAGUCCUUCUCUUUUGGAAUGGCCAUCCUAUGCUGGAUGAAUUUCAUUUUAUUAACAGGACUUAUACAUUGUUAUGAAAAUUUAGCAUUACAGAAACCAGCAUGGCAGGAAUAUAAUUUUCCUGGUAAAGAAGUGGAGUGGGGAGCAGCGAAAGCUGUGGACGGACUGUAUACUAACCGUUCAUUGGAAGGAAAUCAGUGUACUACAUCAGGCUGGCGUCAAACAACAGCGACAUGGAGAGUGGACCUGAGGAGUGUUCUGAGGAUCAGCCACAUUGAUAUCUACUACCGGACCGACAAUUUACCGAGUCCAGGGGCGCAUUAUAACCGAUUUGCUGGGUUCUCCCUCUACGUAUCCAACACUACAUCAAAGGAUGACGGUCAUCUUUGUUCACAGGAGAUACAGACUGUGGAUGAUACAACGGUACCAAUAGAGAACCAGACAAUAAACUGUUCUGUUCAUGGACGAUAUGUAAUAUACUACAACGAACGGAGGCUGGGUGUUACCUAUCCUAGUUUUUACUCACGAUACGCAUAUAAUGAAAUCUGUGAGUUGGAAGUUUAUGGAUGCACUGACCCAACAGUUUACGGGGUGAUAUGCGACCAACCAUGUCCAGAUGGAUGUCAAGAGAAAAAAUGUGACGUCAUUACGGGCCAAUGUCUGGGCUGUAAACCGGGAUAUCAAGGUCUUCGCUGUAGUCAGGAAUGUGAUGGUGGGAUGUACGGUGCAGGCUGUACACAUAGAUGUGGUCCCUGUCUAUACAACAAACAGUGUCACCAUGUUAACGGCACGUGUUUGAAUGCCUGUUCUUCGGGAUACCAGGGAGGACAUUGCAAGGAGAAUUGCACUAGGGGACAUUUUGGUAUCAAUUGUGAGAACGGCUGUACCGUGUACUGUGGUAGAAAUGGUAGUUGUGACCGGAUCACCGGGAUAUGUGACGAUGGCUGUGUGGAGGGUUGGAACGGACCUCUCUGUGGCACAGAAGAGUUAUCAUCCUACCCUACAAUUGCAAUUUUUAUGGAUGACACCAGGGUCAUCAUCGUAAGUUUAGUAGGAUCUGUUUUCAUAGUGCUCAUUGGAAGUGUCAUCAACUUCCUGAUAUGGAAGAGAAAUCAGGCUGAAAACGUGAUGAGAGGGGAAAAUUAUAAAGGUGGAUCAAGGAAUGCGCACAAUGCAGAUAAACCAAGCAGUGCGAAUCGGGUUACAUCCCCGUAUGCAGAAGUUGGAGACCUUGACAAACCGAACAUGUACGAUGAACUUCACCUUUAAAAAUAUACAGCCUCUGCUUGAAAAAUCUCAAAUGAAAUUAACUGAUUUGGGGGGGGGGGGGGGUCGGAAUGUAAUUAAUAUUUAGUUUUCUUUGGUGAUCUUUCAUAUCAAACGUAUGGGAUUUGUAACGUCGAACAAGCGUACACUGCAUUUCAUUUUGUUGUCAACAAAACGAACCGUUGAAAUGCUUCUCUUUUACGUGCAAUCACGUGCCUCAAUGAUGCAUGGACACAUAACGGGACUACAGAUAAAAAGGUCGUUGAAUUAUGAAUUACAUCCUACAUGUAAAAAGUAUGUAUUCAUAUCGUUAGAAGGUAUUUAGAAAUACUACUUUGAAAUAACAAACGUAAUUAUGUAAAUGGAAUCUAUCAAUAAUCAAAUUACGGUAGUUAUUUAUAUUUGGUGACGAUAUUGACAAGUGCGUAUUUUUUUGGAACGAAUCCAAUUUUGACGCUAUUGUAUUGUGUUUACUCAUGCUGUUUAUUUUCGCACCGAAAGAGAAAUCAGAUUAUAUGUAUGUUUGCUCUCUUUCUCUAUCAUGCGUCUUAUUGCAUUCAUUUAUUUUCAACACACACAUGAUACUAUCUUCAACAAUAGUCAUAACAAUCAUUAUGUUGAUUUAUACAUAUCUUUGAACAGGCCUCCGUGGCCGAGUGGUUAGAGCAUCGCGAUCAAAAUCACACGGCCUCUCACCUCUAGUUGGUGCGGGUUCGAAUCCUGCUCACGCCGGUAAGUGAGAAAGUUUCACAGUUUACUUUCGGUAGGUCGGUGGUCUCUUCCCAGGUACAUUGUAUCUGGGUUCUCUCGUCCACCAAUUAAAAAACUGGGCGCCUCCACAUAACUAAACAGAUGUUGAGUGUGGCGGAAAACAUCAAUCCAUCAUCAUCAUCACCCACGUGCGCUCCUUAUGCUAAAAAUCAUAACUUCCUUGGCAAUAAAUUCAUAAAUUCUAACAAUAAAGUCCUAUGAAUUGUUCUCUUUUCCAAAAUUGUAUAAUACUUAAUAUCUUUAACUUUAAACAUUCUCAAACUUAAAGUACAGCUCCAUGCUGUUAUCAGUAUGCUGUUUUUAUAUUUUAUAGUGUUCUGGACAAUUGUUGUUCUACAUUGAACGUAAUGUUUGUGAAUCAUCAUAUAAUUAUUGUCACUGGAGUUGAAAUUGGUUCUUAAUUCGUUCACAUAAAAUGCACAGCAAGAUAAAACUGCCAAUUGUCAGAAUUGCUUACCCACUCUCUGAGCGGAAUUGUAGAUAUAAAAGACAUCGUCCAUCUUGUAAUGAUAAAUGAUUAUUAGUCCGUGUUUUAAGUUUUGAUUAAUGGUUUGGUAGAUUUGAAAAAUUAAUGAAUCUCGAAAUAAGAAAAUCAACAAAACAACAAAAAAAAAAACAAAAAAAAAUACAAAAAACAAAAAAAAGGGGGGUGAUGUAGGCAACUUUAAGAAAAUGACCGUUACUGAAAAGCCAGCCUAUAUAUAGGAUACCUUGUCUACUUAAAUUGUUGUCUGUAACGUAUAAGUUAAAUGUUCAAAUUUAUGUUUUCGUAUUCGCAUUGGAGUGAAUUUUUUUAACAUGAAAAGAUGCAUUCCUUUUGGUAAUGAUACACGUACAAUGAUAUUCAUUCAAGAGCUCAGAAUUGAUCAUGCUGUCCAUGACCAUUUCAUGGAAUCGGAAUUGCUUCGAAAUAUAUCAGAUAUAAAUACAUUAAUUAAUGUACGAUAAUUUCAUCUGUUUGGUACAUGUACAUCAAACGCCUGAUAUUUAUCCUGAAUCCUACAAACCUCAGUUUUUAUUCUUUGCAGACAGUGUCAGUCUGCAACUUUGAACACCACCCACCUGACCUCUCUGUGCGUUGCACCCCAUAUACUAUUUGUUUUACAUACUUGAACAUAAUACACUAUUUGUUUUGUAGUAACGAUAUUCCUAGUUUUAAUGAUUGGUUAUGGUUUUAUCAUGAACUUUUUUGAGUCAGAUAUGACUUUUUGUUUUAUGUAUAUACUUGGUUUGAUAUCAUUUAUACCUUGUUAAAUGAAGUAUUAUUUUUCAACAUCUUUAGUUAAAUCCAAUUUGCAUAUUGUUCUUGAUAUUUUCUUUUCUUUUGAACUUAAAUGUGCAUUAUAAUUUUUGCUUAUAAUCGUCAAUUAUUGAUCUGUAUUUUUAUUAUUUUAACAUAUAAAAUUAACAGUAGUGCAGUUUUCUUUCAUCUCAUUUCUUGACGCCCCAUGCAUGCUUCAUGCAUAUACCAAACUCGUUGACAUGCUAUAUUCAACUCAAACAAACUUGCCAUUUAUAUAAGAUUCUUCUUGAUGAAAUAAUGUAUCCAAGAUACGAAUAAACCAAAGAAGUGGGCGGGGCGUUCUAUAUUGUUUGUAAGAUACCAAUAAACCAAAGAAGGGGGCGGGGCGUUCUAUAUUGUUUGUAAGAUACGAAUAAACCAAAGAAGGGGGCGGGGUGUUCUAUAUUGUUUGUAAGAUACGAAUAAACCAAAGAAGUGGGCGGUGUGCUCUAUAUUGUUUGUAAGAUACCAAUAAACCAAAGAAGGGGGCGGGGUGCUCUAUAUUGUUUGUAAGAUACGAAUAAACCAAAGAAGUGGGCGGGGCGUUCUAUAUUGUUUGUAAGAUACCAAUAAACCAAAGAAAUGGGCGGUGUGCUCUAUAUUGUUUGGACAUUUGUCUACAUGCAAUCUAUGUAUAUUCUUUUUCAUUUAGUACGCAAGUUUUGGUGGCGUUUGGCACAACAUAUUUCUGCUAUAUUUAUUUUAUAUGUAGUACAUGUACAUGUUUCAUUGGACGGGCGACCUUGUGACAUGUUACUAGUCUGUUUUAAACUUUAGCUAGCCAAAUGGUAGUGUUUAGUAAAGUUUCUGAUUUCACAUUAUUUUUGUUAUGUAUGAUUAUGCAAUUAUAGUUUUCCCGUCAUUUGGUUUUUUUUAUCAAUAACAAAAUCACACAAUAAAAUUCCUUCUUGUUUGGUUUUUUUUCGAACAACAUGCACAGCGAAAUCAAACUUCAAAUUACCAUAAUUUUCGGAGCGAAAUUGUGGAUAUAAAAUUAUGUCCGCCCAUCUGAUAAUGCUGAAGGAUUAUUCUUUCGUGUUUUAUGGUUGAAUCAAUGUGUUCAUAGAGUUAAAAAUAAAAUACAGAGAAGCUUAAUUUUACAUAGUUGAAUCUUUAAAUUACGAAGUCAACGGUACAAAAACGUGGUCAUGUGGAUAACUAUAAGUACAAAAGUAUCCGUAACUAAAAAGCAAGUUUACGUGUAAGGCACCUAAUCUUUAUUGCAUACUUGAAUUCCUAUCUGUAACUUCAUAGUUUGAUAUCACAUGUAAGAUUUAAUACAUGUUUUCGCAUUCACACAGAAUUGCAGGCUAUUUCUAACGUGUAAAAAUCCCUUCCUUUUGGUAAAAAUACACUGAAACGCAUCAGAAGGCUUAAAAUUAAUCAAGCUGCUUGUGACCAUUUGAUGGUAGCGGGAUUUUGCUGAAAUAUGAAGGACAUAAAUAUUAUUUAUAUGAAUACUUAAUUUAUAGUUAUAAUCUACCUAUGUGUAUGUUUCAAAUAUGUUCAUUUUACAAUAAUCCAUCUGUUUGAUGCAUGCACAUUCAAAGGUCAGUAUUUUCCCUGAGACAUGUAUACUUCCAAUGUUAACUUUGACCACCACCCAUCUGCCCCCAGACGCUUUGUACCGCUAUGCACCUUUGUUUUGCGUGCAUGUAUAUAGAAACACAUUUGUUAUAUAAAAAGUACAUUUCUAGUUACAAGUUUUGCCUAUGAUUUCAUUACAAACUUUUUUUUACAAAACGCCAUCUUGUCUCAAUGUGUUCGCUUGGGUAAAACAUUUUUUUUUCUUUUGUAUAUACUUGUUUUGAUUCCAUUCAAGCCUGAAUAAAAAUAAACAUUCAUUCUUACGCCAGAGUGGUGGAUGUGAUUGUAGUUAUGGUUUUUAUUAAAGUGAAAUGACACUGGCAUGCGUAAAUUUAUGGAAGAAAACAGACGUAUCAAUUCCAACAGUGCAUAUAAGCCGCAGUUAGAUAUAAUUUAGAUAUUAUUCAUUGAUUGUUUCGAUUUUCUUUUCUUAUUUGUGACUUUGUGAUAUGAGCAUAAAUGUAAAUUACAGUUUUUGUUAAUAACGAAUUCCACUCAUCUGAAAUCUGAACUUUGAACUUUUCUACAUGUAAAAUAAACAGCACU